AUGCCUUCCAAGUUGGUCACACUUGUGCUAAGAAAGAACAAGUUUCGCUUGGGAAUCCAGACUGCAUUAGGCUCCUGCUAUCAGCUCCAGAAGCUGGACAUUUCAUUGAAUGGAUUUGUAGGGCCAUUUUUGUCAUCAUGGUUGUCACUGCCUUCCAUUAAAUAUCUUGACAUUGCUGGAAAUAAACUCACUGGACUUCUCUAUAAGAACAUGACUUGCAAUUCUGAGCUUGCUUUUGUCAAUUUAUCCUCAAAUCUUUUGUCAGGGGAUUUUCCCACUUGUCUGAAAAGGGAUUCUAACAGCAGGGUUGUUCUGUAUUCUGGGAAUUGUUUAGUAAAUGAAGAUCAGAAGCAGCACCCUUCUUACUUGUGCCACAAUGAAGCUCUGGCUGUGCGAAUACCACCUCCUAGUGAGGAAAAGCAUAGGAGAACUUAUGGUAAACACGUUGUUGCAUCAAGUGCAGUGGGAGGUAUUGUGGGUGCAAUUGCAGUUGUUGGUUUAGCUUUCAUGGCUGCUAAGAAGUUUUAUAGUGAGCACACUACUAAAACUCCCCAAACAAGGCACCACUUCAUUCAAAUUGGCAAAUAUAUAUCAGACACAAUGAAGCUGGGAGCUAGCCUUCCUGCUUAUAGAACUUUUGCUAUGGAGGAGCUCCAGGAAGCCACCCAUAACUUUGAUGAUUCAACAUUACUAGGUGAAGGUUCACAUGGACAGAUAUAUAGAGGGAAGCUCCCUGAUGGAACCUUUGUUGCUAUAAGAGGCUUGGAAAUGAGAAAGAGGCAGAGUCCACAGGUCUACACACACCUCCUUGAGCAGAUUUCAAAACUGAGACAUAGCCAUUUGGUUAGUGCUCUUGGACAUUGCUUGGAGUGCCAUCCAGAUGAUUCAGGCGUCAGUAGAGUAUUUCUUAUACAUGCCAUACAGGUUGCAAUGGAGAAUGGGCACCACAGUUUCUUCUCCGGCACCAAAAGGAAGCGUUCAAGCGAGGUCGGUCUCAACCAAGUGUUGAUUGCAAUAUUCUAA